AGUCUCUCUCCGUAUUUUCAAAGAAAACUUCUUUUUUUCAAACCAUCACACUCAAAAAGAAAUUAAAAAAUUUGUACUUAAUUCAUCUCCUAUACCACCAAGCUUAUCACUUGCCCUAUAUGAUAUAACAUCAAAUUAAACACAAGAAAAAAAGUUUCUCAUCAAUAUUCAUCAUGUCUUCCUUUCAAUUCUCUCUCACCAAUCCCAAACACAAAAGAAACCAUACUUGUCUAGAAGUUUUUCCAUUAUGGAACACAUUCAAAUCCAACAACCUCUCUUUCCCAAACAAAAGACUUUCACCUAACCUAUCCUUGAAAACAUCUUCAUGUCUUUCAAAUUUAGAGGACAAGAAUACUAUUGAACUCCAACAAUAUGAUGAAGAAGAGAAAAAACCCCUUCAUGAGAUGUGGAGAGAAAUUCAAGGAUGUAACAAUUGGAAAGGUUUACUAGAUCCUAUGGAUUCUCAUCUUAGAAAAGAAAUCAUUCGUUAUGGUGAAUUUGCUCAAUCUUGUUAUGACUCAUUUGACUAUGAUCCUCAUUCAAAAUAUUGUGGUACUUGCAAGUAUCAACCAUCACAAUUUUUUGACAAGAUCAACAUGGUGAAAAAAGGGUAUGAAAUGAAAAGAUACUUAUAUGCAACCUCAAAUAUCAACUUACCAAAUUUCUUCCAAAAAUCAAAAAUGAGGAACGUUUGGAGCCAACACGCGAACUGGAUGGGGUAUGUAGCCGUAGCCACAGAUCCUGAAGAAAUAAAACGUUUAGGUAGACGUGACAUAGUGGUUGCAUGGCGUGGCACGGUGACAUACCUAGAAUGGAUCCAUGACCUACAAGACAUUCUACAUCCUGCUCAUUUUCGCGAUGAUCCUAACAUCAAGAUUGAGACAGGGUUCUUCGAUAUGUAUACUAAAAAAGAAAAUAAUUGUCACUAUGCUUCAUUUUCAGCUCGUGAACAAAUGUUAGCGGAGAUUAAUAGAUUAAUCGAAAAAUACCAAGGUGAAGAGCUAAGUAUUACCAUAACAGGACAUAGCCUUGGUGCAGCAUUGGCUUUGUUAAGUGCUUAUGACAUAGCUGAGAUGAAAUUAAAUAUUUUACAUAAUGGUAAGUCUAUUACUAAAAUUAUUCCUGUUACUGUUUUUUCAUUUGCUGGACCUAGGGUUGGAAAUCUUAAAUUUAAAGAAAGAUGUGAAGAGCUUGGAAUUAAAGUUUUAAGAGUUGUAAAUGUGCAUGACAAAGUGCCAAAAGUGCCUGGAAUUAUUACAAAUGAGAAAUUUCAAUUCCAAAAGCAAUUGGAAGAGAAAUUUUCAUUUGCUUGGAGUUAUGCUCAUGUAGGGGCGGAGUUAGCUUUAGAUCAUCAUCGUUCUCCUUUUCUAAAGCCCAAUAGUGAUUUGGGCUCUGCUCAUAACCUUGAGGCCCAUUUACAUCUUGUUGAUGGGUACCAUGGGAAGGUACGCGCCUUUCGCUCUGCCACGAGUAGGGAUGUUGCCCUAGUCAAUAAGGAUUCGAGUUUCUUGAAGGAGGAGUAUGGUGUGCCACCAUUUUGGUGGCAAGACGAGAACAAAGGCAUGGUGAGAACGAGCGAUGGCCAAUGGGUGUUGCCGGAGAGGCCCAUAAUUGAGGCCCAUCCACCCGAUACGGCCCAUCAUUUUCAACAAGUCCUUAAACUUGCGAGAGCUAGGUUAAAUUUACCAUAAUUAUUAUUAAUCGUUGUGUUUUUACCUUUCAAUAAAGUCAUAAGUAGCCUUGCUAGCUAUUAAGAGAGGUUGUGUGCUUUGUUCUUCUUUUCAUUUAUUGAAAAUUGGGGGAAGGAAAAUAGGGAGGAGAUUUAUAUGGAAAAUCGAACUCUUACCAAUACAGUAAGAGUUCAGAUAGUCAAUCAAUUAUGAGCUACUAAAAUUUCCGGAAUAUGGAUUUGUGUAUGUCAAUUGGUGCUUUGAAGACUAUUGUGAUGCUCAAUUAUUAAUAAAGUGACUAAGAAUUGUCAUUUCAAAAUUA